UGCCUUUGCCAUCUCCCCCACCCACAAUGGAAGGGAUAAGGUCCCAAUGUCUGGUUAUUUCUUGUGUUUGUAGUAUUGGUAUUCUCUUCUAAUUCCCUAUUUCACUCACCCCACCAUUGCUCUUGCACUGAGCAUUCCGUUUUGUUUUCCCAUGUGUUUGUGUCCUAUAUCUACAGCAAAUUUACAAGCUAAGUCACCCUCUAACACCCCACCUUUCACCCACCAAGCACUGCAGGACACAUUCUUGUUAUCCUAUACCCAUCUCUCCCUAUUUGGAGCUUUGCUCUUUUUCGAUUCGAGAUAGAUAAAUAGACACAUCCCAAUUGCGCUGAUCUGGGGUUUGACGGGUUGGAGACCAAGAAGUGAGUUAUUUAUACCGAGCAUUCUUCUUACAGCUAGAUCCAAUCUCAUGGAAAGGGAAGGUCAAGAAUCUCUUCUAAUAUAGAAGUUCUUCUUUCUGCUUUUUUUAAAUUUUUUUUUUUUUUUACCAAAAAAAUUGAUUUCUUGAUUUUUCAUGAAAGGUGCUGAAAUGAUUAUCCCUCCUUUGUUUAUAUGCCCCAUAAGUCUAGAUUUGUUCAGAGAUCCAGUCACUCUAUGCACAGGCCAAACCUAUGACCGGUCCAGCAUAGAAAAAUGGCUAGCAGUUGGGAACUUGACAUGUCCAGUCACAAUGCAGAAACUCCAUGAUCCUUCUAUAAUACCAAAUCACACUCUUCGACAUUUGAUCGAUCAAUGGCUCAAUUCGGGUACCCAAAUUGAAUCUGUUUACCUGAAAAUAGUCGACUGUGAUAUUUCGAUUGCUGCAAUCAAGCACAAUCUUGAGUCGAAUGAAUCCGCAUUGGAGAAUAAGCUUGAAAUACUCGAGAUCAUCCACGCUUUGGCGGAUGAGCUACCACUGCAGAACUCUUGUUUGAUACAAUUAGACUUCUUCUGUUUAUUGUUAGAAGCGGUUUUCAGAAAUUCAGAAGGUUUACAUUUUCAAGAAAAUUUGAGGUUUGUAGAAAAAGCACUUAUUUGUGCUCUUAAGUUGUUGCCAUUCAGUGACUUGGGGUCUCUAAACAUGCUCAAAGAGGAGUCUAAAUUUGCUUAUUUUGUUUUGCUGUUUGAAAAGGGCAACAUGGCUAUUAAGAAAAGCUUGUGUCAUUUGGUUGAGGAAAUUGCAAAAGGUUUAGAUACAAAAGAACUUUGCAUUAAGCUUGGGAAAUCAGCCAAUCUUUUGCAAGAAAUAAUUCAUCUUGUUCAUAACAAUUCCGAGGCUGCUGAAGCCGGGAUCCAGGCCAUAUCAGCUUUAUCUUUGAUAGAAUCCAAUCGCGAAAAGCUAGUAAAAGAAGGUGCAGUCGAAGAACUCGUUGAACAUAUUUCGAAGUCCAAAAAACAUGAAAGAAGCUCAGCGCCGAUGGCAGUGUCCAUAAUCGAGAAUCUUUUAACCUUAGAGUGCGCAAAACAAGCGAUUAUCAAUCACCCCUCUGGUGUAAAUGCAUUAGUCAAGUUGGUUUUCAGAGUAUCAGAUCAUGAAGGAAGUGAGAGUGCAAUAAAUUCGUUACUAAUUAUAUGUUUUGAUUCGGAAACUGCUAGAGAAGAAGCCAUUUCUAGCGGGGUUUUAACUCAGUUGCUGUUGCUUCUUCAAAGCCAGUGCAGUGGGAGGGCUAAAACUAAGGCAAGAAUGUUGCUAAAGUUGCUUAGAUCAAAGUGGAAUGAAGACUCAAAACAUGCCUUGUAACAAGUCAAUGUUGUAUUUGAAAAGCUCGAAUAGAUUAGAUAAUACUUGACAUGAUUAAUGAAAAAAGAUAAAUUAGAAUCUUGACUAUGUUUUAGUGUACUUCGACUUCCCUACAACAUGUACUAAGUGUUUUUUUGAAUAAUAUUUGUAUACCAUUUGCUA